AUGGCAUACGUUGCGCCUAUCCAUCGCGCCACAAGCAUCCGCCAUGCGCUUCGAGCUAAUGUGCUUGAUCCCGAUAUCGAUGAUUUGAUUGUAGCCAAAGCGAAUCGACUCGAGAUAUGGCGCCUCACAGAGGAAGGGCUGGUAUGCCAACAGACAAAGCUUGUCCAUGGCACAAUAUCGAUGUUACAACGUUUACGACCUAAAGGAUCUGAGACCGACCUGCUGUUCGUUGGAACCGACAGGCUCCAAUAUUUCAAUUUGAUCUGGAACGACGCAACAAAGCAAUUGGAAACCAUCGAGCGAGUGAUUGAGGAUUUGGCAGAGCCAUACAUGCGCCAGUCGCAAAGCCAAAACAAAUGUCUAGUAGAUCCGACUGGACGGUUCUUAGCAAUGCAUCUUUGGGAAGGAGUACUGAAUGUCUUUAAACUUCCUACACGCAAGGGCUCUACCAACAAAUUGGAAGUGCUUGACCAAGUCAGACUCACCGAGUUGUUCAUGAAAGCGAGCACUUUCACCUACAGCUACACUAACCAUCCAACCAUCGCAUUCCUAUACAAAACACAAAUGGAUCAGGAAGAAACUCGGCUGGUCAUAUAUAGGUUAACUCAUGACGACAAGGGAAACACAGUGUCCAAGUUCGAUCCACAUAAAGACAGGGAACUCGACGUCGAGAUUCCCGACCCCUACGCCUCCAUGCUUAUUCCCGUCCCCUUGGAUGAAGAAAAGCGCUAUCAUGUACGAAAUAAGGAGGGAGCCAAACCACACUUAGGUGGUCUUCUCGUUAUCGGAGAGACUCUCCUUACAUAUUACGAUGGCCAAACUCACAGGAGUGUGUCCGCAGGUCUGAAGGAUCCCAGAAUCUUCGUAGCCUGGGCAGAAUACGACAGCACCCGUUAUUUGUUAGCAGACGACUAUGGACGACUCGACCUAUUGACCAUUCGGACGAAUCUAGAACCAACCGGCGUUGUCGUGAUAGGUAUGGUCCUCGAACCAUUUGAAUAUGGCAAUUCUCCUGUCAUCACUUCGAGAGCAUCCAGCCUGGUUUACCUUGGCGAUGGGACUCUUUUUGUUGCUUCUCAUCACGGCGAUUCCCAGCUUUACCAGAUCAAUAUCGAAACCAAAACAGUCAUGUUGGUGCAAACUUUCUUAAACAACGCCCCAAUCCUGGACUUCGCCAUCAUGGACAUGGGUAAUCGGGAAGGUGAUACGCAGGCUGGUAAUGUCUUCUCGUCUGGCCAGUCAAGAAUUGUAGCAGGUUGUGGUGCGUACCAUGAUGGUACUCUGCGAAGUAUUCGAAGUGGUGUCGGUCUUGAAGACAGGGGUGUUCUUGAUGAGUUAGAGGGAACCAGGGGCUUGUUCACUCUUCACUCUUAUGGCUCUGACAUGAUCGAUACUUUGGUUGUGUCGUCCAUCACCGAAACAAGAAUUCUCAGUUUUGACCCUGAAGGAGGCAUUGAAGAGGUUUACUCCUAUCAGGGGAUGUCGUUGGAUAGGGAGACGCUGCUGGCAUCAAACCUUUCCAGCGGACAACUACUUCAGAUCACACCCAAGUCGGUUGUCUUACUCGACCCUGAGGGCGGCACAACAAUCAGCAAGUGGGAUGUACCAAGUGGGAAAAUAAUCACAAGAGCAUCGGCGAACAGCAAAUGGGCUUUGCUGUCGGUUGACGGAACCUCUCUUGUUUCAUUGAAUCUACUAGAGAAUUUGGCAGUCAAUGCACAACAAAUCAACGACAGCGAUACUUCGCAACCUGACCAGAUAUCAUGUAUUCAUGCUGCCAGAGAUUCCCCAGAUCUUGGAGUAGUAGGCUGGUGGUCUUCAGGUCAAAUAUCACUAAUCGACAUGGCUUCACUAAAGCCUCUACACGGAGAGUCUAUGAGGCAGACCGAAGAUAGCGCCACAGUCCCGCGUGAUGUCGCGCUUGUUCAACUACAUCCCCCUGACAUUUCGGGCCCAACGCUUUUAGUUGCAAUGGAGGAUGGAAAUGUCGUCACCUUCAAUGUGUCUACCAAAGGUUUCUCCGUCUCUGGUCGCAAGAGUGUGACAUUGGGUAGCAACCCGGCUCGCCUUCACAUACUCCCCCAAGAAGAUGGCACGUCAAAUGUAUUUGUGACCACUGAGCAUGCAAGUCUCAUCUAUAGUUCGGAGGGGCGAGUCAUAUUCUCGGCCACAACCGCCGACGAUGCCACUUUUGUUGCGCCCUUUAACUCUCAUGCUUUCCCGGACUCUGUGGUUCUGUCGACAGACCAGCAUAUUAGGAUUUGUCAUGUUGAUCGGGAGCGUCUGACCCAUGUGAAGCCCCUCCCUUUUAAUGAGACUGUCAGGCGAGUGGCAUACUCUCCAGGACUCAAAGCCUUUGGCCUGGGCUCUAUUAGAAGAGAAUUGGUCAACAAUGAGGAAGUUGUUACAAGUUCAUUCAGGCUUGUUGACGAGAUAGUCUUUAAAGAACUUGGAUCGCCAUUCCCUUUGAAUGGUUCAAGUACUUUGGAACUCGUGGAGUGUGUUAUCCGAGCCGAGCUACCUGAUGUUGGUGGAACCCCAACCGAGAGGUUCAUCGUUGGUACAAGUUUUAUCAGCGAUGGCGGAGUGGAAGAUCCAAGUGGCACCCUCGGACGUAUCCUGGUCCUUGGUGUUGACGCAAAUCGUCAAGUGUACCAGAUCGUAUCCCAUAAUCUAAAAGGCCCUUGCCGCUGCUUAGGGAUGAUUGGAGACAACAUCGUAGCUGGGCUGUCCAAGACAGUUGUGGUGUACAGCUUCUCACAGGAGACAAGCAGCUCUGGUUCACUGCAAAAACUUGCUGCUUACCGUCCAGCUGCUAUUCCUAUUGAUAUAGAUGUAUCAGGAAAUAUGAUCGGUGUAGGCGAUCUAAUGCAAUCACUGUCUUUGGUUGAAUUCAUUCCGGCACAGGACGGCAACAAAGCGCAACUACAAGAACGAGCAAGGCAUUUCGAGUCACUCUGGACCACUGCAGUCUGUCAUAUCGAAGGGGAAAGGUGGCUAGAGGCGGAUUCUCGAGGCAAUCUUGUUGUUCUUCAACGAAAUGUGGAUGCGCCGACAGAACAAGACCGCCACCGAUUGGAAAUCACAAGUGAGAUGGGCAUUGGGGAACAAAUCAAUCGUAUUCGAAAGCUCAAUGUUCCAGCAGCAGAGAAUAACAUAGUGCAUCCUCGAGCAUUCCUUGCAUCGGCUGAAGGCUCGCUGUACCUUUAUGGCGAUAUUGCGUCUCAAUAUCAGGAUCUAUUGAUGACAUUCCAGUCCAGGAUGGAAGAGUUUGUUCUUGCUUUAGGCAACGUUGAAUUCAAGCUGUGGCGUUCUUUCCGCAACGACAACAGAGAGAGCGAAGGUCCUUAUCGCUUUAUAGACGGAGAGAUGAUCGAGAGGUUCUUAGACAUGGACGAAGAGCAACAACAGCUGGUCUGUGACGGACUUGGGCCGACUGUUGAAGACAUGCGGAACCUGAUCGAAGAGCUGAGACGGAUGCAUUAA